AUGGUCUUCGGCAGCACACAAAACGAAGGCGAUGCGCCUGGACAGUCGCGACUAGGAGACGGCAGCGGUGGCUUACACGACCUCAAGGUCAAAGCGGUUCAUUUGAAGCACAAGCUCGGCAAGUUCGGAAACCUUGUCAACACCAACCACCGUCACGACGAGGAGCACGAGCAGAAGACCGAUGCCAAACGGACACGAAUUGCUGAAGGCCACCGCUUCCAAUCUUUCGCACCCGAGCGCCUCGGCAACAACGUCAAAUGGUACAUCGACGGCAGAGAUUAUUUCCACGCCGUGUCGGUCGGAUUGGAACGCGCCAAGGAGACCAUUUACAUCGCAGACUGGUGGCUGAGUCCUGAGUUGUUCCUGCGACGACCGCCGUACUACAACCAAGAAUGGCGUCUCGACUAUACCCUCAAACGUGCGGCUGAACGUGGCGUCAAGAUCUAUGUCAUUGUCUACCGCGAAGUGGAGGCCGCCUUGACAUGUAAUUCGCAGCACACCAAGAAGGCACUCAUGGGUCUUUGCCCGGAAGGUACGCCAGGAUAUGGCAACAUUCGGGUCAUGCGCCAUCCCGAUCACAACGUCUUUGAGAAUGCUGGCGACAUGACUUUCUACUGGGCACACCAUGAGAAGUUCAUCGUCAUUGACUAUGACCUGGCAUUCAUCGGAGGACUGGACCUCUGUUUUGGACGCUGGGAUAACAAACAGCACCCGCUCGCCGAUGUCCAUCCUGCCGGUGUGCGUACGGAAAUCUUCCCGGGACAAGAUUUCAACAACAACCGUAUCAUGGACUUUAAGGGAGUAGACGACUGGAAGAGCAAUGAGUUGAACAAAGGCGAUUACGGAAGAAUGCCGUGGCACGAUAUAGCCAUGGGACUCGAAGGCCCUUGCAUUUACGACAUCGCGGAACACUUUGUGCUGCGUUGGAAUUUCUGCAAGCGCGACAAAUACAAGCGCGAUGAUCGUUAUGAUUGGCUCACGCUGACAGGGCGGACGGGCGAGGACGAAGAUUUGAUCGGCGUACAGCGACCUAAGCAUCCCGUCGGAGACUACAUCCACCAUCCGCUGUCACCUCUGGAUGGUAAGCACGGCGAUCCGCGCCCAGGACGCAUGCCUCAACACCCUCUCGGCCAACAAGAAGCGCUCGCAGCCGAUGAAACCGACGAGAAGUAUCACUACACCAGAGAUGACGUCGACGAACAUGGCUAUCGUCACGACCAACACCGUCACGGGCACGGCUUAGAGAAACAUCUCCAUGAGCGCAGUCGAUCCAAGCUAAAUUUACACCAGGAUGAAGCACAACCUAAUGUAUUGCCGUCCGGGCUACACGAGCACCGACACUCGGAGGAGCAGCAGCAGGAAAACGUCAAAAUGACCGGCAAUGAUGUCAAAAAGGAGGGCUGGGUGACGGCUUCUGGCGGAGUCGAUGCAAAAAGUCGAGGUUACGUCUCAGAUGUGGUUGGAAAGCACCCUGAAGUCGGACGCGGCACAAUCCAUGCCCAGCUAGUCCGCUCGUCUGCCGAUUGGUCCUCCGGUAUCUUGACGGAACAAAGCAUUCAGAACGCUUACUGCGAGAUCAUUCGUGCCGCAAAGCACUACGUCUACAUUGAGAAUCAGUUCUUCAUCACGGCGACAGGGGACAAGCAAGCCCCGGUACACAACUUGAUCGGUGCAGCAAUCGUGGAUGCUUGUGUGGCCGCACAUAGAGAGGGCCGGAAAUUUCGAGUGAUCAUAAUGCUUCCGUCUAUUCCAGGAUUCGCUGGAGAUUUGCGCUCAGAUCCGGCCAUCGGUACUCGGGCGAUCAUGGACUACCAAUACAAAUCGAUCUGUCGUGGCGAGGAAAGUAUCUUCGGAAAGAUCAAUGCCGCAGGUGCAGAUCCCACCAAGUACGUUUUCUGCUUCAACCUGAGAAGCUAUGAUCGUCUUAACAAAACACCCGGGCUCAAGGACAAGGAAGCGAAGAGCGGUAUCACAUAUCAGGAUUUGCAGCGCGCCAACGAAGAAGAGAUUAUGUCAGAGGGACUUGAGACACCAGACGCUGAGAAGGCCAAAGUUGAGACGCUGAAGAACAAGACCAAAGACACCAAGGAGGGCGGCUUCAGUGGCUUGCUGAAUAAGGUGAAAAGCCUGGGCAUCUCUAGCAAAGACAAAGAAGAUGACGAAGAAGAAAAACCCGGUGACACAUUUGAGACUUCAGCAAGCGCAGCUGAGAAGAGAAGGCAGUUUGAAGACUAUGAAGGAGUAAUUGGUAACCAGAGCGAAGGCAAAGACCCCAAAUCUGGUAGCGCCGAUACCAUCGCAAAAGGUGCUUUGAUUGACGAGAAGCCUCCAAGUCAGGAGAUCUACGCUGGUCGCGGGGAGAACGGCGAGCCAAUUGGCGACAGUGAGGCCGAUGAAGAUUUGCGUCAGCAAGAGGUAGAGAACUUUGUUCAGGAGGAACUCUACAUUCAUGCUAAGUUGUUGAUCGUCGAUGAUCGAAUUGUCGUCUGCGGUUCGAGCAACAUCAACGAUCGUAGCCAACUGGGCUUCCACGACUCCGAGCUGAGCAUCGUCAUGGAAGACACCCGCGAGCUCCCCUCGAAGAUGGACGGCCAAGACUUCGCCGCAGGACACCACGCUGCGACUCUACGCCGCAUGCUCUGGCGCGAACAUCUCGGCCUCAUCCCUCCCCAAGAUCUCGACGCCCGCGACGAAAUCAACGCCCAGCCCCCCUCCGACGGCCCCAACGAAUGGUUCUCCGGCGACAAAUGGGACAAAUUUGUCGAAGACCCCCUCUCCGACGAGCUCUGGGACACCUGGACCACGCAAGCCACCGUGAACACCAAAAUCUUCCGCCAUCUCUUCCACGCCGAUCCCGACGACAACGUCAAAAACUUUGACGACUACGAUCGCUUCCUGGGCGCCCAAGGCAGCCGCAAGUCGGGACAUCUAUAUGAUCUGUUCCAGCCCGUGGACAUCGUCCGCCAGGAGUUGGAUAAGAUUAAGGGCCAUCUGGUUUGGAUGCCGUUGAAAUUCCUGAAGGAUGCCGAGAUGGCGGAGAAGGGAUUGCAGGUAAUCAUUCAAUCCCCGGAUGAUCUUCCUUCCAACCCAUAUCUCUACAUCAUCAAAUAUUCAAAACCUCUCCCUUCUGAGCCAAGGUCAAAAGAAUGGGGGUCUUCUACGAGAGGAUGUGACAGCGCUGACCGACAUCCACCCGCAUCGCACACAAUCCAGAUCUACCAAUGGAUCCUCACGCAAAAGAUCCUGUGGGUCGCCACCGCCCCGCUGUCCGCUGCGGGCCACGUCAACGUCAGCCCCAAGGGCGGCGAGUAUUUCGGCCUGGUCGACAACAAGACGUUUUGGUACAUGGAUCUCUCCGGCAGCGGCGUCGAGACCAUCGCGCAUUUGCGCGAGAACGGCCGCAUCACGGUCAUGUUCAAUGCCUUCGAGGGCUCGCCGAGGAUCGUGAGGCUCUGGGGACACGGGAAAAUCCUCGAACGCGAAUCUCCCCAGUACGCCUCCUUCGUUUCCCGAAAUUCCGUCCAGACCAUCCCCGCCACGCGCUCCAUCAUCGUCGUGGAUGUGCACCAGGUCGGGUCCUCGUGCGGCUACUCGGUGCCGUUCUUCGAAUUCAAAAACUUUCGCCAGACCCUCAAUCAGGUCUUUGAGAAGCGGGAGAAGGACUUGCUGGGAGGCGACGCGGACAAGACCAUGGAUCGGUAUUGGGCCUACAAAAACGCCUGGAGCGUCGACGGGCUACCGGGAAUGCACCGAGGUCAAGCGACCGCGAUCGCGGAGCACGUCGCGCCCAUAACGAAAAUGAUCGGUGAUUCUGCCCCCAUCGAUGCGUGCGGCCCGGGCUCGUCGACGCGAUCCGCGAGACUGCGACAUCACUUUGCGAUGCUGCGGCGUGUGCAAUUCGAUGUGGUGAGUAUGGCGACGGUUGCGUUGGUGAUGUUUUUGCUUGGGAUCGCCGUGGCGAUCUAUGGACCGGCGUUAUUUGCUCAGGUGGCUGGGCGUCAGUAA